AUGAAAGAGUCCUCGAGCCACUUGAAAGUUUAUGUUACAUCACAUCCUGACAUUCUGGGCGAUCCAACUCGAUGGAUAGAGGGCAUGGGAUGGGACCAGAAUAAAUGGCCUGGAGCGCAAUACCCUUAUGCCUUUCUCACAACCUCAAAGGACGACUUUGGCAGGGAACCACUUCUUCGUGGUCGACGGAUACCUCUCGCCCCUCAUGGUACCCCUUCCUGGGAGGACAUCGAUGGCGGGCUGAUUAUUCGCGAUGAGCACGGAAAACUCACUGGAAUAUUCGUUGAUAACGCUAUGGAUCGCAUUCCCUCACCACCCUUCAGCGAAACCCGUGCGAUGGAGUACUUCACUCGCACUACUAGUGACGCGCUCGUGGUGGGUCUGACUAGCGUGCACGACGCAUUUUCUGUCCCUGAAGAAAUACAGUUCUACAGGAAACUUUCAGAGACUCAGAAGAUACCUCUCCGGCUUUAUUUCAUGGGCAGUGUAAACUCUGAUGAGUACUGGGGAAGCCAGAUUCCAAGACUGAUCCAGCACGGAUUCGGUGGACGAUGGAUAGUGUGCAGCGUCAAACUUUUCGCAGAUGGUGCGCUUGGUUCGUUCGGCGCUGCACUGCUUGAUGAUAAUCCAUCAACGAGCGGUAUCAUGCGCGUGCGGCCGGAAGCACUGACAAAGCUAGUAAUGGAGUUUUCGACCGAUGGUUGGCAAGUUAACGUCCACGGCAUUGGCGACCGGGCGAAUCAUAUCGUACUUGACAUUUAUGAGGAUAUGCUCGCCAACGCUUCGUUUUCCAUAAACGUUUUGCAACCCCGUAUUAAGCACACGCAAAUAUUGAUACUAGAUAAUAUCAAGCGAACUGGAAAGUUAGGUGGACAAGUGACAUGUAGCAUGCUGAGGAUCGAUUGGAUUCAAAGAGAAUCAAAGGCGCGUAUGCGUAUCGAACUCUACUCAAGUACCCAUCCGAGCGCCUCACGCAUGCUGAAGCAUUCAAAAGGCAUGACCCUCGAUAUUGCAUAUGCAUCUUUCUCUGAGGAUAUUCUUGGUUCACUCUCCAUCGGGAAGAUAGCUGAUUUCGUCGUUCUGGACCGUGAGAUUAUGAUGGUGCCUAUAGAUGAUAUCCCGAGUGCCAAAGGGACAGCAACUGUCAUCGAUGGGGAGGUCGUGUACGGAAAUCUAUGA